GAGUGCACUACCCAUACAGAGGUACGUGUACUGCUGGAGGAACCUUCCUGGGGGGUUGUAAAAAUACACCUCAGUCACCUGCAAGCCUCUUUAACAGCAACACCGACUCUCUGCUUAUUUUGUUUCGUUUCAUUUCUUUGGUAUUUUUUUUGUUGUUGUUGUUGGGAAACGAACUGAAGAGGAUACACGCGCGCGUUGUUCGGUGCUUGGAUUUUUCUACUUUUCCAAUUUUUUGAUGUUUUUAAGGAGAACCUUUUGAAUAUCAUCAGGUUGUCGACGAAGAUGAUGGCAUAGUGCUUGGCGCCAUGAAGCUACUCAACAUGUGCGAUCUGAAGACAUUGGAGCCCCACGAAGCCGACAUGAUGGUCGGGGACACCUUCGUCGCUUCCAACAUUGAGAUACCGGACGAGGACGUUCUCCGCAUACCGGAGAAUCAGUUCGUCAAGAUCCAGUACGAAAACUCGAACGGCGUCAUCAACACCGAGUACCUCUUGAGCAGUCAGCUUACCAUCGAGCCGCCCUUCCUCGAAGACGUCAAUCUGUACGAAGAGCAAGUGCCUUUCCGGAUGAGCGAGGAUGAACCUAUGGAGAGCCAGGAUUCUCCUCCAACCUCGACGUCCUCGAUGCUGAGUCCGAAGAGCGUCGACGACAACCUCCCCGAAACCGAUCUGACCAGCCUCAACUGGCUCCACAACAUCACCAACAUCAUGUCAGUGCCGAAUCUGCCGACGCCGCCCGUCUCACCCAAACCCAAGAAGAAACCUACAAGUAAUCAGGAGGAUCUCACCAUCAACAUCAACUUCUAUAAGAAGAACGGCGACAAGAAACCACCCUUCAGCUACGCGACGCUCAUAUGUAUGGCGAUGGGCAAGAAUGGCAACAAGAUGACGCUCAGCGCGAUUUACCAUUGGAUACGCGAAAAUUUCCUUUAUUACCGGAAAGCACAUCCAAGUUGGCAGAACUCCAUCAGACACAACCUGUCGCUGAACAAGUGCUUCGUGAAGGUGGCACGAUCGAAGGAUGAGCCGGGGAAAGGCGGGUUCUGGAAACUCGACCUGGAGCGACUCGAGGAGUCGCGCCGCUCGAAGAGGAGGUCCAGUCUGACGGUGAGAGUGCCGCGACGCCAUCCGCAGCCGGAAGUGAAACCGACCCGGAAACCGAAACGAUACAGGCCGACUCAGAACAACGGCGAAAGGAAGCACAACAUCCUCUCGAACAUCUCGAUCUGCGGCGAAACGGAGAUCGAGAACUACGACAUACGAGCUUCGACGAAGGGCAGCGGCGGUAGCAAUAAAGAUUCCAAGAAGGAAAGCAAGAAGGAGGAGAAAGUGGUUCCGGCUUCGAUGCCCAACGAGAGCGUCGUCGCGGAGCCCAUAAACGUCGCCGCUGAGGAUGAGCUGACCGGUCUUCUGCUUGCAGCAAACGGUUGGGACGAAUGCCAACUGGAACUGCUGGAUUCGCUGCUGGAAUCAUUAUAAAAGCUCAAAUCAUGCUCAAUAUUAUUACUUUGAUCGGCUCAACGAGAUUUACACCAACGCCUCGAGUUGUUUAAU